AAAGAAGUGAGGGGUAUUCUGUAAUUUACAUGAACAGAUUUGGGGGAUAAUAGCCAUAGUUCAUCAUCUUCUUCACCAAACCUUAGGGGAUAACUUAGAAACAAGAAAACGGCGUCGGUUUGACCCGACGGAGGAACCAUGUCGUCGUCUCUUCUUCUCUCAGGCUCUACAGUAUCUUCUUCAUUCAUUGCUCCUUCGAAGCUUUAUCUCUUACGGAAUCAAAAUCAAUCACUGUCACUAUCUCGGAACGUUUCGAGAAGCUUCAAACCCCUUAGGUGCUCCUCCGCUGAUUCUCCAUACGGAGGCAACGUGCCCACGUUCCCUCGAACCAGGGUCUGGGACCCGUACAAGCGUCUAGGGAUAAGCCCCUACGCCUCCGAGGAAGAGAUCUGGGCCUCGCGCAACUUCCUCUUGGAGCAGUACGCGGGACACGAGAGGAGCCAAGAGUCUAUAGAAGGCGCAUUCGAGAAGCUUCUCAUGUCUAGUUUUGUGAAGAGGAAGAAGACUAAAAUCAACCUCAAGACGAGGUUGAAGAAGAAAGUUGAGGAGUCUCCUCCGUGGCUUAAAGCUCUUCUUGAUUUCGUUGAGAUGCCUCCCAUGGAUACUGUUUUCAGAAGACUCUUUCUUUUCGCUUUCAUGGGUGGUUGGAGUAUCAUGAACUCUGCAGAAGGCGGUCCUGCCUUUCAGGUGGCGGUGUCGUUGGCGGCUUGCGUAUAUUUCCUUAAUGAGAAGACGAAGAGCUUGGGGAGAGCUUGCUUAAUCGGGUUUGGUGCAUUAACAGUCGGGUGGUUCUGCGGUUCGCUAGUCAUUCCCAUGAUUCCGACGGCUUUCAUUAACCCGACAUGGACCCUGGAGCUUCUAACGUCACUGGUUGCUUAUGUGUUUUUGUUUCUUUCUUGUACUUUCCUCAAGUAGGUUGUUGCACUUUUAUCCAGACUUUGUGUUUCUUUCUUGCACCUGUUCUUGCCGGAAAAUUGAACUUGAGUUCCACAACAUUGGUUAACUCUUGUUAAAGUAUGGAAUCAAGUUGAUGAGGAUCUUACCAACCAA